GCGGGUGGGGUGAGGGACGCCGGCGCCCAGCCUCCCACGCUUUCCGGAGUCAAUCAAGUCUCACCCUGAAAAGGAUGGAGGUGCCAGGGGACGCCCGGGCCCCGGAACCCGGCGAGAAUCAGGGUCUGAAGCCGUGUCUGCUGCGCCGCAACCACAGCUGCGAACAGUACGGGGUGGCGGCCUCCUGCCUCGAGGAUCUGAGGAGCAAGGCCUAUGACAUCUUGGCCAUUGAUAAGUCCCUGGCACCAGUCACCCUGGUCCUGGCAGAGGAUGGCACCAUAGUGGAUGAUGACGAUUACUUUCUGUGUCUACCUUCCAAUACUAAGUUUGUGGCAUUGGCCAGUAACGAGAAGUGGGCAUACCGAAACUCAGAUGGAGGUACUGCUUGGAUUUCCCAAGAGUCCUUCAGUGUAGACGAAACUGACAACGGGGCGGAGCCGAAGUGGAAGAAUGUGGCCAGGCAGCUGAAGGACGAUCUGUCCAGCAUCAUCCUCCUGUCAGAGGAGGACCUCCAGAUGCUCAUUGAUGUACCAUGUUCAGACCUGGCUCAGGAACUAUGCCAAAGCCGUGUCACAGUCCAGGGGCUCCAGAACACCCUCCAACAGGUCCUUGACCAGAGAGAGGAAGCCCGCCAGUCCAAGCAGCUCUUGGAGCUCUACCUCCAGGCCUUGGAAAAGGAGGGCAGGAUCCUGUCACAGCAGCCAGAGUCCAAAGCUGGCUUCAGUGAUGAGACGGAUGCAGCUGACACAGGUCUUAGCAGAGAGAGCUCCUCUGAAAUUGCACUUUCGAGCCAGAUCCUUACUGCACUGAAGGAGAAGCCUGCUCCGGAGCUGAGUUUGUCUAGUCAGGAUUUAGAGUUGGUUACCAAGGAAGACCCCAAAGCGCUGGCUGUUGCUUUGAACUGGGACAUAAAGAAGACGGAAACUGUCCAGCACGCCUGUAAUCAGGAGCUGAGCCUGCGCCUCCAGCAGAUACAGAGUUUGCAUUCUCUCAGGAAUAUUUCAGCAAGGAGGAAUUCACUGCCUGCAGAACUGCGGAGUCCCAAACGAGCCAAACGAGACCCCACGUAGCUAGAGCUGGAAAUGUGGCACACAAAACCCUGUGGCCUUGGUUUUUGCUGUCAGUAAAUCCCCGUCAGCCCUUUUAGCCACCCAUAGUACUCCGCCCCUGCCUUAGAGCACAUUCUCCUGGAGUAGGCUGGAUACUGGCUUCCCCUUCCAGAAAAGCUAUUCUAGAUCUCAGUGUAAGCCCUUUCCCUAUUUUGAAUGAUAAAGCACCCCCACCAAUAUCCCAGCUCCUCUAAUUACAUGCUCUUCUGCUCUCUGUUUAGAAGUAACUGUGAAAGGCAGUGAAAAGAAAUUGUCAUAUCUCGGGCUGUCCUUGUUCAAAGAUAAGAAUGCAGAAUUCAGCACGAUGGUGGAGAAGGUGACAACAGCGUUUUGAUUAUGGCCACAAACUUGUUUCUCAAGUCAAUGAACUUUUUUUGUCUGUCUGCUUAAAGGCACAUGUUAAGUUUGCAGGCCACAGGGACGUAUGGAGUCUUAAUUCGCCAUUUCUAUUAUCUAAUUCAGUAUUGUGAAAUUACAUCUGAAAUGCUUUUCAGUUUCUAAUAUGUUUUAUCAGCAGGGAGUAUAAAAGGUCAUUAAAUCGAUUUCCCUGCACUAUGACUCCAAGUCUGUGGGUGCAAAGCGAGACUUCUGGUUUCUGUACCUCCUGUUUCUGUACAAACUUAUUCUUCAGGUUUUGUAAUCUAUAAUAUAGUCUCCUUGCAGGGAAAAGAUAAUAGGUUUUCACUGACUUAUUUGAAAUUUUUUUUAAGCAUGCUUAGAGGAAAAUAGGAUGUCUUAAGAGAUAACAUUGGCUACUUAUUAAGAAAUAUAAGAGUAGGUCCUGGGGCAAGGGUGGGUGCAGGAAACAGUAACUGAACAAAAAGAACUGUUUCCUUCUCUGAUCUUCAAGGAGGGCUCCGAUGUGCUCAGCAUCCUUUUACCAAUGGUUCACACCCUUAGUUCUCAGUAGCCCCAACAUUUCUGUUUUUUUCUAGCACAUCUGUAAUGCUUCCUCAAUUAUCCCUUAAAUGAAAGCGGAGCUGAUAACUUUCCUACAUGCAUACUUUGAAAAGCACUGACAUAAUAUCUCAAAUGUAAUAUUUAAGAAACAAGAGGAAAAUAAUCUCCAAUAAAAUGGCACAUGUCUCAGUA